AUGAUGAAUCAGUGGAUGAUUUUCUUGCAGUUAUUUUUCUUACAGACUAUUGUGUUUGUGUCACGUCUCUCGGAGCCCCCGGAGAACUCCUGCUCCCAUCGCACGGUUCCCCGCCCGGCGGAGAAAGCUCUUCCCCAGGGAAGGUGUGAUGCUGGGCACGGCGUCCCGCCCCCCCAACCCGCCACUGGGGCAGCCCGACACCCCCCCUUCACCACGGCGGGCAGCGCCGUCCGCCGCUCGUCCAAGAGCUCUUGGGGGGCCGGGGACGAGGCCAGCCGGGGCGGUCGGCUGUGGAGAGCUCUGCUGCACCGCGUCCCGCCGACUCUCGCCGCCCGCAGCCCCCGCAUCGGGAGGCGCAGAUCCCCACGACGCGGGGAUCCUCUUCGCUUCCAGAGGCCUCCCCGCGAAACUUAUUCUGCCCUCACAGGCGGACUCCCCGCGGCCGCCACCCCCGACGGCACCGGGAAGAUUCCCGUCGCUUACCUGGCGGCUGCCGGGGCGCUCCCUCACGGCGAGCAGCAGUGGGGUGCGCCGCAGCCGAGGCUGCCUCUGCCGCCACCUUCACAGCCCCCUCCCGAGAGUUUGGAUCUAUCAAAUUCCUUUGGAAGGGUGGACCUGCAUUUCAUCAUAAUUCAAAGGAACCCAGCUGUUGUCCUCCACAGGGGCCUGUUACCUGGUGCAGUAGCGCCUCACAUGCCCAGGUGA